AUGACCGGGGAACAUGUUCUGCGGUGCGUCCUGAUGCUCUGCUGCGCGCUCCUCUCAGCCAACGCGAGUAACUGGCUGUACCUGGCCAAGCUCUCAUCGGUGGGAAGUAUCAGGGACGAGGAAACGUGCGAAAGGUUACGAGGCCUCAUCCAAAGACAGGUUCAGAUCUGUAAGCGUAGCGUGGAGGUGAUGGAUGCAGUCCGCAGAGGCGCUCAGCUAGCUAUCGACGAGUGUCAGUUCCAGUUUCGCAACCGCCGAUGGAACUGCUCUACGCUGGAGACUCUGCCUGUGUUCAGCAAAGCCAUCACCCAGGGCACCCGAGAGGCGGCCUUUGUGUAUGCCAUCUCAGCAGCCAGUGUGGCAUUUGCGGUCACAAGGGCCUGCAGCAGUGGAGAGCUGGAAAAAUGUGGCUGUGACCACAAUGUGCAUGGAGUCAGUCCAGAGGGGUUCCAGUGGUCCGGUUGCAGUGAUAACAUUGCUUACGGAGUUGCCUUCUCUCAGUCCUUCGUUGAUGUGAGGGAGAGGAGUAAAGGAGGCCAGUCCUCCAGCCAGGCCCUCAUGAACCUGCACAACAAUGAGGCGGGGAGAAAGGCCAUCCUGUCCAACAUGCGUGUCGAGUGCAAGUGUCAUGGAGUGUCUGGGUCCUGUGAGGUGAAGACCUGCUGGAAAGCAAUGCCUCCAUUUCGCAAAGUGGGCAACGUAAUCAAGGAAAAGUUUGAUGGUGCCACUGAGGUGGAGCAGCGCAAGGUGGGCUCAACCAAAGUCCUGGUGCCUCGCAAUUCCCAGUUUAAACCACACACAGACGAAGACCUGGUCUACCUGCAACCAAGUCCGGAUUUCUGCGACUUCGAUCCGCGCACGCCGGGCAUGCUGGGGACUGUGGGCCGCCAAUGUAACAGAACAUCUAAAGCCAUUGAUGGCUGCGAGCUGAUGUGCUGCGGCCGAGGCUUCCAGACGCAGGAAGUGGAGGUGGUGGACAGGUGUAGCUGCAAGUUCCACUGGUGCUGUUAUGUCAAAUGCAAACAGUGCCGCAAAAUAGUGGAGAUCCACACGUGUCGGUGA